AUGGUUGCUACUGAGAGGGUGUGUCAAGAAGCUCAUGGUGGAUGCUAUAAUUUCUAUGUGUACUCUUCUGAGGCUAAUACGUGGAGAUUAUCAAAUGCAACCAUAUCUUGCACUAGGAAGCACCUCCUUAGGUCGGCAGGCUCUGUUUUCUUCAAUGGUGCACUGCAUUGGUUGAGGGAAAGGGAAGACAUUCUUGCAUUCAAUGUGGAGCAAGAAGUGGCCUACAGUUUGGCAUUGCCGGAUGAACUGAGGCCUAUAUCAAUUGCAUGCUACAUAAGCAUCUGGCUUGGAGUUGUCGAUGGUCACAUGAGUGUAGUGAAGUUUAAAAGGGGAGACAUACUCGUUUGGGUGCUCGAAGACUAUGGAAGCAGGAGAUGGGAGCUCAAGCAUUGUAUAGAAACACAAGGGAGUGGGCACUACUUGAAUAGUGUGCCGAUCUUCUAUGAUGGUGAGAAAUGUGUUCUCGUGACAUGGGGAAGCAGCAAAGAGGAGUAUGGGCUGGCUGUCUACAGGAUAAAUGGCGGGCAAUGGGAUGAGAUAAGAAGCUUGACAUGCUCGGGUUUUGAUCGUUGCUUUGUUCCAUACAUCAGCCACAUGUUGGGAUAG